AUGGAGCAGUCGCCCAGUGGCGACUACCAGGAACACGUGUACCGCGAGCUGCACGGUGUGUUGGGCGAAGGCAGGGGCCAGUUUGAACAGGGCAUGCACGUCUUCUUGUGCAUCAUCAACGCCAACAACGAAACCAACAUUCUUGACCGCCUCAAGCUGCGCAAGCACGUCACACCCAAGGACCUGUGCCCCUUCUACAUCGGGCCAGUGGUGUUCCUCGUGGCCUCAUUCGUCAUGCGCUCUGGCGAGACUCCAGAGGAGGUCAGAGAGCGGGAGACGAAGCUGGCCUCCGGCGUCUACUGGCUCAACCACCAGCCCACGCCACGGCCGCACUUCGAUUCCGGUGGCCUGCUUCUGUGUUCCCUCCAGACAUGUCGUGACCGCCUCAUCUCGCUCAAGAUCUAA